AUUGGUGCUCUCGCUUGCUUCUUUGGUUAUGGUGUUCUCUGGCUUGCUGUCAGCCGUACUGUUGAGUCCCUUCCGUACUGGCUGUGGGGUUCAAACUGUUCAAAGUUCGUGCGCAAACUUACAGAGAAACCAUUUUUCUGCUCAAAGUGCAUCAUCUGUCAGUCACCCUUCAUACGGGUGACUUCUUACCUUUUGUUGCUACAAUGAGCUUCAUAUCAUGAGAAUUUUAAAUAACCAGUCAUUACUCUACUUGAUGUCCAUUUGGCAUGGAGAACUAAUAUAUAUUCUUUCAAAGAAAUUCAAGUUUCUCAUUAAGUUGUGAGCAUUUAGGCAGCUUCUUUUGGCACAUCAAUUUUUGGAGAUGUAUGUUGGGAAAAGUGGUUGCUGGUUGUUAAAUUAUAGGUUGUCCCAAAAACUUAAGCUGAUAGAAAAAGAUAAAUUUAAUCACUUAAUUAUUACUUUAACAAUCUCUCUCACGUGUGGGCUCAAACUCCCUUUUAAUAGGUGAGGCCCAACACGUGGAAUAUUUAAUUUAAAUGGAAGGUGAUUUGACGGAGUCAAGGUUCGAUCCCACGACCUUUGGUUGUGAUACUAUGUUAAAUUAUCCGUUGUCCCAAAAGCUUAAGCUAAUAAGAAGAGAUAAAUUUAAUCACUUAAUCAUUACUUUAACACUAGUGCAUAUAGUUUGUUCAAAUCCAGAUGCUUUCGACCAAAAAGAUCUAGCUAUAACCUUUUCCCCUUUAUGAUAUCACAGAUAUGGCUUGCUCUUUGUGUUGCCGCCAAUAGUAAUGCUUGGUUUUCCACAGCUGUUAUUGUAACCAACAUGAGAAACUUCCCCCUUAGUAGAGGCACCGUUGCAGGUAUUCUCAAAGGUUAUGUGGGGCUCAGUGCUGCAGUAUUUACAGAAAUUUACAGUGUACUGCUUCAUAGUUCCUCUUCUAACCUUUUGUUGUUCCUCGCACUUGGAGUUCCUAUUCUAUGUUUCAUUAUGAUGUAUUUUGUUAGGGCCUGUACUCCUGCUUCUGGUGAAGACUCCGUGGAAUGUUGCCAUUUUUUUUUCAUCCAAGCUGCAAGUAUUGUGCUUGGCAUAUAUCUUCUUACAACCACAAUUAUGAGUGAUGUGCUUUCCUUAAAUGCUUCAAUUUCCUAUACUCUUGUCUUUAUAAUGGUUCUACUUCUCAUGGCUCCGCUUGCAAUCCCUGUAAAAAUGACAUUUUACCCCAUGAGAACACGCAAAUCAGGGACACUAGACCAACUGAUUGGGUCUUCGGACCAUCUGGUUCAAGGAGAAGGCUGUGUGGACAAAACUGAACCACUGCUGAAACCAUCUUCAUCAAAAACAAAUGUUGGCAGUUUUUGUGAAAGUGAUGACGUGUCUGAGGUCGCUAUGCUUCUUGCUGAGGGUGAGGGGGCAGUGAAGAAGAAGAGGAGGCCCAAAAGAGGGGAAGAUUUUAAAUUCAGUGAAGCUGUAAUCAAGGCAGACUUCUGGCUUCUGUUCUUGGUUUAUUUUGUUGGGGUUGGUUCUGGGGUGACUGUCCUUAAUAAUCUAGCCCAGAUAGGGAUUGCACAAGGUGUGCGUGAUACAAAAAUCUUGCUGUCUCUCUUUAGUUUUUGCAAUUUUGUGGGUCGUCUUGGUGGCGGAGUUGUUUCUGAACAUUUUGUCAGGUCUAAGACAAUUCCUCGGACAGUUUGGAUGACAUUCACUCAAAUAAUCAUGAUUAUUACAUACCUUCUGCUUGCUUCUGCAAUUGAUGGCACCCUUUAUGUUGCAAUUGCAUUUCUUGGGAUUUGCUUUGGCGUUCAAUUUUCGAUCAUGAUCCCAACUGUCUCUGAGCUAUUUGGGUUGAAGAAUUUCGGUUUAUUAAGCAACUUCAUGUCAUUAGGCAACCCUAUCGGUGCAUUCCUAUUCUCAGGUCUCCUAGCAGGAUAUGUAUACGAUAACGAGGCGGCUAAACAGCACAGACUUCUUAGGUUCGGUUCAAGUCUCUCCUGCUUGGGUCCAGAUUGCUUUAGAAUCACCUUCCUGGUUCUGGCUUUUGUCUGUGCUGUUGGCACCAUCUUGAGCAUUGUUCUCACUAGCAGGAUAAAGCCUGUUUACCAAAUGCUUUAUUCAGGUGGUUCCUUCAGGCUGCCUCCAAACACAAAUCAUUGAGAUUGGUGGUGUGUGGAGCAUAUCUCUUUUGCUGGAGGACAUCAACCCCUACAACUGUAUCUGUAGCGUAAGUUUGCCAAUAUUGAAUAAGCAGUGCAGUGGAUGUUUGGGCAACAAUAAGCAGUGGAUGCUGGGGUUAUCUGCAUGGCCAUGGUUGAAACAUAUCAAUGCAUCCCAUCUUGAUGAUUGAGGUGCUGAUGUAACACUCUGAAUUUUUAUUUUACAAAUAAGGAGGUUUUGAUUUUGAAAAUAACACGGAUUUGUAAUAUUUUUAGGGCCAAAUAAUAAUUGUUGAGGACUGUAAGGGAAUUUGUUGAUAUUUAUGUUAGUAAGUUUUGGUUGAUGAA